UGCCUUGCAUAGAGUGGAUAGUCAACCAUAGUCAACUGAAUCAUCAUAAAUACAUUAUUUUAUAUGUAUUUUUUUUUUCUUAUUACUUUAUUAUUAUAGCACUAGGAAUAAAUAAUAAGGGAAGGAUUCUGAAUCAGCACCGUAAUGCAAACUUGUGGCUAUAGUAUAUGCAAUAUUCUGGAGAAGGUAUAAAAUUUCACUGUGUGCAUGUGUGUGUGUUUGUGUGUUUUAUGUGUAUAUUUUUUGUUAAAUUUUUAACCUUCACGGCAAACCCUUUCUUUAGCCCUACUAAUAUUCCGGUUUCAGUUUAUUUCCCACAGUUUUUUUUCAUCUGUGUCAUUAUUAUCUCAUGACACUUCUUUAAUCAGCUAACAUCUAUCCUAUGGACUAGUUUAAUGUCUACAGUCUCAGAUCAACACAGCCCUGCCAUCCGGCACUAUCAGCAGCAGGAGCAGCAGCAUCCCCUCAACAGCAACAUUGUACCCCAUCAGUCAGUGUUGCUGGUUUCACUUUCAGACUAACUGAAGAUGAGUGGUUUGGUGGAAGAGCAGGACAGAGCAGAGUCUCCAGCACCCAGCUGUCUGUCUCUAAAGAGUGACCAUUCCAAAAAUUAUCCUCCAGUCUUCAGUCAUGAACCUGAACCCUCAGACACAAAAGGUCAGCAUCAGACAUACAGAACAGAGUCUCCAGCACCCAACUGUCCGUCUAUGAAGAGUGACCAUUCCAAAAAUUAUCCUCCAGUCUUCAGUCAUGAACCUGGACCCUUGAACACAAAAAAUAAGAAGAGGAGUCAUAGUUGUGUGGAAGAGCAGCUGUCCUGUUGUGGUUUGUGUCAGGACUUCUUGAAGGAUCCAGUCUCUACCAGCUGUGGACACUGGUUCUGCAAAAAGUGCAUCUCCUCAUUUUCGGACCAGUUUGAUUCAUCAGGAGACUCCUCCUGUCCCCAGUGUGGAGAAGGAUCCAGAACCAGAGCUGGACUGCAGAUAGCCAAUCAGAGCCAAACCAAUACUACUCUGCUAGAGCUUUUAGAUGAACAUAAAAUCAGUCUGAAGAGGAGAUGUGAACAUGUGACUGAAGGAACUAAUCAAACAGGACUUUGGACCCUCCUCAACAGGAUCUACACUGAGCUCUACAUCACAGAAGAACAGAAUGAAGAAGUUCAUAUCCACCAUGACAUGAGACAGCCGGAGACAGCUUCAAAGAUGAAAACCCACCAUGACACUCCAAUAAGGUGUCAGGAUAUCUUUAAAGCAGUAACAGACCAACAAAGACCCAUCAGAUUAGUUGUGAUGAAAGGUGUUGCAGGUGUUGGAAAAACCUUCUCAGUGCAAAAGUUCACUCUGGGCUGGGCAGAAGGUUUGGAAAACCAAGACAUCAGUGUGGUGAUUCUGCUUUCAUUCAGGGAGCUGAACCUGAUCAGAGAUGAGCAGUACAGUCUUCUGGAGCUGCUCCAUGUUUUCCAUCCAACAUUACAAAAGGUCACAGCAGAGCAGCUCGCUGUCUGUAAACUUCUGUUCAUCUGUGACGGCCUGGAUGAAAGCAGACUUUCAAUGGAUUUCACCAACAGAAAGCUCGUGUCUGAUGUCACACAGAAGUCAUCAGUCGGUGAGCUGCUGACAAACCUUAUCGAGGGUAAUCUGCUUCCCUCGGCUCUCAUCUGGAUAACUUCCAGACCUGCAGCAGCCAAUCAGAUCCCUCCUACAUGUGUGGACAGGGUAACGGAAGUACGAGGCUUCACUGAUGCCCAGAAGGAGGAUUACUUCAGGAGGAGAUUCAGUGAUGAAGAACUGUCCCGCAGAAUCAUCUCCCACAUGAACACAACAAGGAGCCUCAAUGUCAUGUGCAGAAUCCCACUCUUCUGCUGGAUCACUGCUACAGUUCUGGAACACAUGAUGACAACAGAGCAGAGAGGAGAGCUGCCCAAGACCCUGACGGAAAUGUACUCACACUUCCUGCUGGUUCAGACAAAGACAAAACACCAUAAGUACCAUGAGGGACAUGAGACGAGUCUAGAGAAACUGACACAGGCUGACAGGGAAGUUCUUCUGAAGCUGGGGAGACUGGCAUUUGAACAUUUGGAGAAAGGAAACAUCCUGUUCUACCAUGAAGACCUGGAGCAGUGUGGUCUAGAUGUCACAGAGGCCUUGGUGUACUCAGGAGUUUGUACAGAGAUCUUCAAAAGAGAGUGUGGUAUCUUCCAGAAACCAGUCUACUGCUUUGUUCAUCUGAGCAUUCAGGAGUUUCUGGCUGCUGUCUACAUGUUUCACUGUUACACCAACAGGAAGACAGAGGUGGUGGAGAAUUUCCUGAGAAAGGGCAUCUCAUCGUUGGAUGUCUUUCUGAGCAGCAUCAUGGAGAAAUCCCUUCAAAGUAAAACUGGCCACCUUGACCUAUUUGUUCGCUUUCUUCAUGGCCUCUCUCUGGAGUCCAACCGGAGACUCUUAAGAGGCCUGCUGGGUCAGAUAGAGAUCAGUCCAGAAAUCAUUCAGCGAAUCAACAACACACUGAAGAAAAUGAACAGUAAUUACAUCUCUCCUGACCGAAGCAUCAACAUUUUUCACUGUCUAAUGGAGAUGAAUGACCUCUCAGUGCAUCAGGAGAUCCAAGAGUUUCUGAAAUCAGAGCACAGAUCAGAGAAGAAACUGUCUGAGAUCCACUGCUCAGCUCUGGCCUACAUGCUGCAGAUGUCAGAGGAGGUUCUGGAGGAGUUGGACCUGAUGAGUUACAACACAUCAGCAGAGGGACGACGGAGACUGAUUCCAGCUGUGAGGAAUUGCAGAAUAGUUCGACUUUCUGGUUGUGGGCACUACGCACACCCAGAGGGUCACUGUGAAAUUGUGGCCUCAGCUCUGAAGUCCAACCCUUCCCAUCUGAGAGAACUUCACCUGAAGAAAAACUGUGAUCUGCAGGAUUCAGACGUGAAGCUGCUAUUUACUGCUCUGGAGAGUCCAAACUGUAGACUGGAGACUCUGAGAUUGAUGCACUGUGGUUUGUCAGAGAUCAGAUGUGCUGCUCUAGUCUCUGCGCUUAAGUCCAACCCCUCCCAUCUGAAACAUCUAGACCUGAGUGGAAACAAUCUGCAGGAUUCAGGAGUGAAACAGCUUUGUGGAUUUCUGGAGAGUCCGUAUUGCAGACUGGAGACUCUCAGCCUGAUCAACUGCAGUUUGUCAGAAAUAAGCUGUGGUGCUCUGGUCUUGGCACUGAAGUCCAAAACCUCAGAUUUGAAACAUCUUGACCUGAGUGAAAACAACCUGCAUGAUACAGAUGUGAAGCAGCUGACUGAGCUUAUGAAGAGUCCACACUACAGACUAGAGUGUCUAAGGUGGUAAACAUUAAGGUAAAACAGGAUUAUUUGUGUGCUGAGCGUGGAUGAGCUGUGUCCUGGUGAUCCAGAUUAGUUGAAGCAGCAACAGCACACAACAGUGUAAAAAUAUGUGAACUUGGCCAUGUUACUUGUAAGUGGAGUAGAGAGAAGAGGUUCAUCCAACUGUGACUGACAGUAAGAUGAGAAGAAGAGCAGUUGACUGACUGUGAUGCAGUUAACUGCUUUGAGAACAGUUCCACUCUCAGACACAUUGUAGAUAAUAUUUCUCACAAAUGUGCUGUAAUCAUAUUGCUACUUAACAAAAAUAAUCAAUUUGUAGUUUAUAAUUAUAAACUCACUUGUAUCCAUUUCAUUUCUCAGCAAAAUCUGAAAAAAUAAACUAUACAAACACCUUAAUCAAUACCUUUCAUCUCACAGUCUGUAACAGCUUUUAUUAAAGUCAUCAAUGACCCAAGGCUCAAUACUGAUUCAUUGGUGUGUUUUGGUUAUAUUUCUGCUUGAUCUCACUGCUGCUUUAUACAUUCUAAUUUAAACGCAUCAUGGCAGUUGGUUUGAUAGGUCAGGUUCUUAAUCGGCUCUCAUCAUAUCUAAACGCUAGUAAAGUGUUUGGUCUAAUCAGCAGGAAAAGCAAAAUGUGUUUGGCACAACAGUGCAUUCAGGUCAUAAUUCAAAAGCUACCAGACAGCACAGGAUUUAAAAAAAGAAAAACAAAAAGAAAAGAAAAUUCCUAUCACAAAUUGAGAAAUUCAUCCAUGCUCUCAUGUCAAUCAGACAAGAUUAUUGAAAUGCCCUGUUUGCCACAUUAUCCGAAUUAGUAGGAUGAUUUUAGUUCAUUGAAAAUUCUAUUGAAUGAGUAUAUAAGUGAAAAGUGCAGACCCAGAAUACAGACUCAGGAGAAAAGAUUCAACUAAACAAAAAUUGACCUAUUUAGGCAGAAUCUAAUUAACGUGACAAGGGGAAGAGAAGAUACACAACAAACACGAGACAAGAGACUUAGCAAAAUGAAAUAGGAUACAACUAAAUACCAAACAUAAGGAGACUUCACAACAAAACAAGAGGAAGGCUUUGAGGCAGGACAACUAGAACUCAAGGAAAAUAAUAUAACCCACCAAAAAACUAUAAACUAAAUUUAUGUUCUUGUAAUGAGCCAAAACAUUACAAGAUAAUAAAAAAAUAAUGAAUAAGAAAACUCUUAACAAAGGACUAAGAACAACAAACUUAAAAGAUUGGGACAAAAACCCGGAACAAAGAUAAAUGCAGCAGCCAGAGUCAAUACAGGUACAUGGACAUUUUUACCCAGUAAAAUCCAAUGUAUCUUUGACUUGAUCACUCUUUACACCUCAGUCAUCAGGUGCAGAUCUUUUAAGUGUUCCCAAGUCUUUGAGGGUAAUUUCAGUUAUUUUUAUUUUGUUUUUGUUUUUUUGUUUUUUAAUAAGCUGCCUGCUAACAAAAAAAUCUAUUCCAUCUGUGCAUAUUUAAAAGAAGGUUGAAAAUAUUUUUUUUAAUUUUGUUUUGCUUUGCUUUGCUUUAUUACAAGUUGCUGUUUCCACUGUUUCCAAGGCAUUAUCAACCAACAUGGGUUUUUAUGUUUUUAUCUUCUGUGUUAAGGACAUUGUAAUGACAUUCGCUAUAAAAAUAAAGUUGCCAUUGCCAGUGUAGAGUCCACCAUCACCCCCAUGUGUUCCCUGAAUCGAACAGAGUAUCGUCAGUGUAUCUGCACUGCUGUUCUGUCAUCCUACAUUAUCUCUGCAGUCAUAUAGACACUCCACCAAAGAGCCAGUUAAAGUUUGAAUUCACUUGAAAGCCUGUCAUUUAGCCUUCUACAUCCUAGUUGGAAAACUCAAAUCUGAUUUUCUGUCUGAUUUCUCAGACAUUUUAUCUGAUCUAGUACUCCGCUCAGAUGAUUUUAACGUCCAUGUAGAUGCAAAAAAUGACAGCCUCAACUCUGCAUUUAACUUACUAUUAGACUCAACUGGCAUCUCUCAAAAUGUAAAAGAACCUAUCUGCCAGUCUGAUUUAUUAAUAAGUCAUGCUGUUGAUCCAUAGAACACCUCUGUGAGAGUAGACUGUAGCGUCAUGAUAUCUAGAACACUGAACAUUAAAGCUGUGUCUAGCCUUUUGAGAGCCUUAUGGAAGAUUUUGUUUGAUCAUUACUUUGUAAAACUACAGUGGGGAAAUUCAAACUAAGGACAUCACGUUGACCUAAGAGAUUUAAACCUACAGAAAUGAUAAUAAAAGAAACAGUGAGGCUCCUCUGUGCCCAUAAAGGCAACAGACACAACAGCAACAGCUGUUUAUUUUAAAUUUAGGAGACAAAUAUGAGCUUGUUGUCUCGUUAAUGUUUUUUCUGCCAUUAUUGUUUUUAAAGUAAUUAAAACGAUAACUUACUGAUGUGAUGUGCAGCUGUCAGACAUACUUGUCAGUAGAUGACACUGACUGUGCGACAGUCUGUUGAUAAAUUUGACCUUAUAGCUUAGUUGCUAAGUACUACAUUUAACUGUUAAGCAUAUAAGUGCUUUGCUAAACACAAGUAGGCUUAGCUGGCAACAAAUGAAGAUCAGUCAUAAUAAUUAUUAUAAGUCAUAAAUAUCUUUAUAUUAUAUUAUAAGUAAUAAUUAUCUUUUAAUAUAUUGAUGCUACAUCUUUUACAUAUUUGGCUAACAAAUGAAAGAUCACAGUGUGAUCCCACGACAAAACACAAAUCCCUCUGGGAUUGUACCAGGAGGCUACCUGAGUAAAAAUCUGUCAAAUCAAUCAUGUGGAGCCACCUGCUUUGGUGACAUCUUGUAAAUAAGCUGAAAGUAGCUUUUUUUUAUAUACUGAGGCUUUACAGUCCACAGAAGUCAAAUAUCCAAUUAGAAUCUUUUAAUUUCCUGUUUCUGUCAUGAUGGUCUAAUUAUACUUGCUUAACCUUUUAGGUUUUUUGACAAUCAUAGAUUUUUAUAUUUACUUGGAAUUUUUAGUUCUUUUUAUAAUUUAGUUUUCGAGUUGCAGUGCUGGUGUUGAUGAAGAUGAAUAUGGCUGAACUUCCCAAAAAUGGGGGGGAGAUGGCAGACUGGAGAUGACACACUGUUCUCUCAUAUCCAGCAGACUGUCCUUGAGGCACAAAAACUCUUCUUUGAGUUUCUGACUGGCCUUUUGUUUGUUUUUUUUAAGUCAUUAGUCUCAACAUGACUUCUGUAGAGGCAGAAGUAUGUUUUUCGACCAGCUGGAGAGUAAUUGGAACAGUGUCCUUCACACAAGUACCUGAACUGCAGAAGGUACAAUGACCCUUGGUCUUCUUCAUUAGGACUGAUGGCUCAGCUAAGAUGGUCACUUGGCUGGUGGUAGCAGGACCAGACCUUUUGUUUUUGACCUUGUGAACUAUGGACACGCCAACAGUGACAUCACAGCUGUUGGCACCAGUCACUCUUUGGUGUUUUAUGAGCUGGUCAUGCACCCCUCGAUUUUUGUAAUCUCAUACAAGUGCCAUGGCUGGGUUGAAGACAGAGUAAAAUUAUGCCAUGUACAGCAAGCAGUUAGCACACAGACUAAAAACAAAACCUGGUGUUAGCUAGAAGACUUGAUGAACUGUUUUAGGUUGCAGCAGUCACAGUGACACAGCUGGAAAGGAUUUAAAUGGAAAUGUCCCAGUCUUCCAAAAUUAAAUAACUCCACGAUCAGACCAAAAGUUAGCAAGAAAGACAGACAGAUAAUAUAAAAACAGUGAUCUGAAAGUGGUGUCUUUAGAAGUGCUUGAGAAGAAGCCAGCUGCUUUAUCGCUACAAGUAGUAGACUUAAAUCAUUGGAUUUCAUCCGGAGGUGAAGUGACGAAGGUGGUAGGACACAUUUGUCGCCACAUUUGGAGUACUCUUUGAAUUCAGACAGCCUUCGUCGCUUCGCUGUGGCAUCAUUGCCUCCAAAUAUGGCAUUGAAGCAUCCUUCCCCUGAAUGUGGACACAGCCAUCUUUCAAAAUCGGGGAAAAGUAAGAUGCAUUUGUUGCCACAUUUGAAGGACUCUUUGAAUUCAGACAGCCUUCGUUGCGUUGCUGUGACAUCAUUGCCUCCAAAUACGUACUUCGGAGCAUCCUUCCCCUGAAUUCGGACACAGCUAUUGUCUAGCUGGUGUUGUUAUGUCUACGUCUCUCCAUGUUUCCUGUUGUAUUUUGAAGAAUCUGGUUUGAAAAGUCCAUGUUUGAUGUGUUUAGUUUUACUUCCCCCAUCGUGUCAUUAUGUUUAUUCUAAUCAGCUGUUUCCCCAUGUGUUUCCACUUUCCCUAAUCGCCUCCUGUGGGUAUUUAGUAUAUGUGUUUUAAUUCAGUCUUUGUCAGAUUGUCUGUUUCCUCCCACCAUGUCAUAUUAAGUUCUAUGUGCUUCAUGAUUCUGUUCAGGUCGUGUUCAUGUCUCAUGUUCUUGUUUCUUCCUCAUCAAAGUUUUUCACAUGUUCCUGGUCAGAAUCAUGUUCAUGUCUGUUAUUAUAGUUACCACAGUUCAGGUUUUAGUUUAGUUUUCGCCCUGUUUGCUUUGCUUUGUUUUUUGUA